GGAGGGGGUUAGGGUCGGCAACGCGCAUGUAACUCCUCUGGAGUUGCAGGCGUACAUAUGCGGGCCGUAUGCUUGUUUGCCACCGACUUAGUAUUAAAAAAAAAAGUAACACUGAAAAUCCAUCAAUAAGCGAGUCUGUUAGGCAUACUGUAAAAAAUGAACUUUUAUUAAGAUUUUCUAAUCGCAGUAUAUAGCACUUCUCGGAACUCCGUAGCUGAUUACGAUCGCAACGAAUGCCUGACAAUCGAGCACAGGUCCAUCCUCUAAGCGCGCUCCGCGCGGACUGAGAGCGGGGCGUCGCUGCUGCGUGAUUUAUACGUGUUUUAAAAAAAUAUAAAUUUACGGCAAUGUAGGUCCCAUAGUUACGAUUUUUUUUUUAUAGGUUAACAUAAAGUUACAGUUUGCUAUAAUAUUAUUUUUAAAGCAAAAUAUGCGUACAAUUUGCGGAAAUAAAAUAUAAUAAAACCCUGUUUUCGCCAAAAAAAUGAAGAAAACUCGGAAGGUAUUUUAUCAGUUUUUUCAAAUGAAUCUUCGAUUGUUAAUCAUUCCAGCCCCUCGUACGAGAUAUGUUGAAUCAAAUUGUAGUCAUUCAUGUACCAAAUGAUUCUUGUUUAUAGCAAAAUUGAGAACCGAAACGCCACAUCUCACUGCAAAAUUUGGAAAAGACUCCCAGAAAACCUCAUUAAAAAAGAGGUUUAAAAGAGAAAAUGAAAAUUUGAACUGUUGGAGCCCCUAGUUUAGGAAACGAUUAUUUAAGUACGUUAUCAGUUUUUGAAUAAAUACUAAUAGUUACGUCGUAAUCUUGAAUGAAAAAGGAAGCAUUUUACAAAAUACGCUCGUCUGUAGGAAUAAGGACUCUUAAUCAGAUGGAAGAAAAUAAUGAUGAUGAUAGUGAUGAUGUACCAAAAGAAGAUAGAGAAAAUGAUAUUACCAUAGCAACGCACUUCAUUACUAAAAAGACAGAUGCUUUAUUAGCUACAACGCUUGUCCUGGUGAAAGGUCACAAGGGGCAAGUGCUCACACUACGGGCUUUAAUUGAUCAAGGUUCAGAAGCGAACUUCAUCACGGAGAGAGCCGUGCAGAUGAUGAAACUACACAAGACACCUGUCAGGGGUUCAGCCACAGGACUGCAAUCAAUGAAAACCUCAGUUAACAGUAUGGUACAGUGUGAGCUUCAGUCAAGAUUUGACACUAAUUUCAACCUAAACAUCAAUGCAUUUGUCUUAUCUACUCGAGUGACCACUGAGCUCCCAUCAAAAGCACUCACCAACACUCACCACGCUUGGCAGCACCUUAACGGACUUGAUCUGGCAGACCCGAAAUACCAUCAACCAGGUCGAGUAGACAUGCUUCUAGGCGUUAAGGUCUAUGCACAAAUUUUACUGAAUGGCUUAAUCAAAGGUCCUCCAGGCUCACCGUGUACACAAAAUACAAGCCUCGGAUGGAUUGUGUUCGGAGACGCUGAAGGCAUUUCUUCAAAAAAUAUUGUUGUCAUGCAUCACAAAUUCGACUUAGACCUUCUGGUAAAAAACAUGUGGGAACUGGAUUCAGCAGAAAAACCAGAACUUACAGCGGAUGAGAAGCUUUGUGAAUCGAUUUAUGCAAAUACAACUACCAGAACAAAAGAAGGAAGAUAUGUAGUGAAACUCCCUACAAGAACAGAUAAAUUAAAGUCAACAGAAGGUCAAACAAGGGACAUAGCACUAAGAAGAUUCAAACAAUUAGAACGAAAAUUUGAGAAGGACAAAGAAUUCAAAAGGGAAUACACCAAGGUCAUAGAAGAAUAUUCAACAUUGAAGCACAUGGAAGAAGUUCCAGACACGGAAAUAGAAACCCCAUCAGUGUAUCUCCCACAUCAUGCUGUGAUUAGGAACGACAAAAACACGAAAGUGAGAGCUGUGUUUGAUGCUUCAUCUAAAGGCACAAACAAUAUUUCACUCAAUGAAGAGCUACUGGUGGGUCCACAGCUUCAAGAAGAUUUAAGAAACAUAAUCAUGAGAUGGCGUAUGAAGAAAAUCUGCUUCGUUGCAGACAUACAGAAAAUGUAUCGUCAAAUUUUAGUUACCAAACAAGAUGCAGAUCUACAGCGUAUACUUUGGCGCAAAAGUGCAGCAGACCCUAUCAAAGAAUACCGCCUGCUUCGUGUCACGUUUGGUACAGCAUCUGCACCCUACUUAGCUGUGAAAACGUUACAAAGGGUCGCUGAAGACGAAGGAAAACAUCAUCCAGUAGCUGCAAAAACGAUUAAAGAAGAUUUCUACAUGGAUGACCUCAUGUCGGGUCAAGAUAACGUAGAAGACGCUGUAGAUGUGGCGAAAAAUGUAGCAAAAACUCUGAAAAACGGAGGAUUUGAUCUGCAGAAAUGGUCGUCUAAUAGCACCAACUUUUUAAAGCAAUUCCCACCGGAUGAGAGAAACAGUAAUGUAAACAUGGAUAUCAACCUGGAUGGAACUGUACGUGCACUGGGUAUCACUUGGAACAUGGGUGAAGACAGUUUUCAGUACAAACUUGAACUACCCCAGCAGCCAAGCACUAUUACAAAGAGAAACAUACUAGCAGAAACGCAAAAACUGUUCGAUCCUUUGGGAUGGUUGGCACCAAGCAUAAUUCAAGCCAAGAUGCUUAUCCAGAAACUUUGGUUGCAUCGAUCAAGUUGGGAUGAUGAAGUACAACUUGAAAUAAAAGAAGAAUGGUUAAACAUAAGACACAAUUUUGAAAACUUAAAGGACGUUCAUAUACCAAGAUGGCUGCACACCACUAAACUAAGACUAGAUAAAACUACGAUACACGGAUUUUCUGAUGCAUCUACAAAAGCUUAUGCAGCUGUCGCUUAUUUAAGAGUAGAAACUGAAGAAGGUGAUAUCAAGACGAAUAUCAUUGCUGCCAAAGUUCGUGUAAGUCCAGUGAAACCAGUAUCUUUGCCACGAUUAGAACUAUGUGGCGCUGCGCUGCUGGCAAAGCUGCUUAAACAAAUUAGAGAAGCCAUGAGAAUCCCUGAAAGUCAAGUGGUCGCAUGGACAGACUCAACCAUAGUUUUGUCGUGGUUAAAAGGAGACCCUAACCGCUGGCAAACCUUCGUCAGGAAUCGCGUGGUGUCCAUUCUCGAUGACAUUGGUGAUAAAUGGUAUCAUGUCCCAUCCCAAUCGAACCCUGCGGAUAUUGCGUCACGAGGUUCACCGCUACCAGAACUCAUCUCACAUCAUUUAUGGUGGAAUGGGCCAGAAUGGCUAAAAACUCAUGAUAUUCUAUUCAAUAAGCCAGGCACCACGACAGACCUGGAAAUGAAACGAACCUUCCACACCAACCUCACGGUACAAGAAGAAGAUAAUUAUUCAAUUGUAAACCAGUUUGACGAUUUUGAUGAUUUACAAGAACUUAUUAAGACGAUUACAUACUGCAGACGCUUUUUAAACUAUAAGAAGCUUACCCCGAACCCCAUAUUCACAACAGAAGAAUUACAAAAUUCAUUGAUAAGUUGUAUUAAAUUGGUUCAAAAACAUGCAUUUAAUGAUGAUAUAACUAGACUAAAAAAUAAUAAAAACGUAAGAUGUGACAGUAAAUUGAAAUCAUUAAAUCCUUACCUGGAUGAAGUCCAUGUACUCAGGGUGGGCGGUCGUCUUAAACACGCAAAUUUGAGCGAAGAUAGCAAGAACCCUAUAAUUUUGGACAGUAAGAACCGACUUACCUUUUUUCUUGUAGCUGAUGCUCAUCAAAGAACCCUUCAUGGCGGACAACAGCUGAUGAUGUGCUACCUAAAAAGUAAAUACUGGAUCCUAAAAAUGAAACAAAAGGUCAGAUCGUACAUCCACAAAUGCCUGAUAUGUGCACGACAAAACGCCACUGCCAAAAAGCAGUUAAUGGGAGAUCUACCUAAGGAACGGGUUACCCCAGCACGUCCAUUUCUGAACAGUGGCGUCGACUUCGCUGGUCCAUAUCAAACACUUAUGUCAAAAGGGAGAGGAUUAAGAACCAUAAAAUCGUACAUAGCUAUAUUUGUAUGUAUGGUUACUAAAGCCAUACACUUGGAGCUUGUCGGAGAUUUAACCUCGGAAGCCUUUAUUGGGGCCUUCAGACGUUUUGUGGCACGAAGAGGCAGGUGCGCACAUCUUUGGAGUGACCAAGGGAGGAACUUCAUCGGAGCAAAUAAGGCUUUGGCAGAAGCAUUUGAAGAAGCAAAAUUGGACUUUGAUGGAGAUAUAGCUACAAAGCUGGCGUUAGAUGGAACUCAGUGGCAUUUUGUACCAGUAUACAGUCCCAAUUUUGGUGGAUUGUGGGAAAGUGGAGUAAAGUCCAUGAAAUUCCAUUUAAAGAGAGUCCUUAAUUCUCAUCUUACCUUUGAAGAAUUUUCAACCCUGAUCUGCCAGGUCGAGUCGUGUCUCAACUCACGGCCUUACGUUCCCAUAGACGACGAUGGAAACGCGAAUCCUUUAACCCCAGGACACUUUUUGAUUGGAGAGGCACCGAUAACCAUACCAUCACCAACCUUCAAAGAUGUGAACACGAACGUUUUGUCCCGUUGGCAACACCUGCAAAAAAUGUUAAAUGAUUUUUGGCAUACGUGGCAACAAAAUUAUUUAUCAACACUCCAACAGAGAACGAAAUGGACAAAAAAGGAACCGGAAUUUGAUAUUGGCCAACUCGUAUUAAUAAAAAACGAAAACUUACCCCCUGGAAAGUGGUUGUUAGGACGCAUUGUUGCCAAACAUCCUGGAAACGACGGCCUAACACGAGUGUACAGUGUCAAGAGCGGUGAAAAUAUUGUCAAACGUUCUAUCAGUAAACUUUGUUUCUUUCCAGUCGAUGUAACAGUAUAGUUAAACUUGUUUAAUUCUGAAGUAUUACAAAAUACUAAUGUUAUACUUGUUAAUAACGUCCAAAAAUUUAUAUAUGUUCUGAUAGAACAUAUUUAUUUUUAUUUUUAUUCAAUUGUAAAUUUCUUGCCAAUUUUGAUAUUUAUGCAAACCUGGUUAAGAAUUUUUACACAUAAUAAUGAUGAAUUGUAUUUUAAUUUUGUUAUAAAUUUUGCAUGAUUAUUUUAUUCUGAAAAAGGAUAAUCAAUAUCCUUUUGGUGGGCGGUAUGUUACAGCUGUUUAAAAAAUAUCUUAUAUGUGUGUAUGGCCCACUCACACAUGCAUAGCGUAGUUAAUAAGUAUUUUCCUAUACACACCUCAGUCUUCAAUAAAUCGUAGAACAAGCAACA